GCCUGGUCAACCGCAAAAUCUGAUCUGAUCCUCAACUCCACGCUUUUCUUUCCUACCAAGGACACACAACGCCCACCUUCAAGUCCCCUUGAAGAGCACAAUGUCCGAGCCCAAAAACCCCUACACUGGCGCACCCUCCCUCUACCCUCCUUCCAUGUUCUCCACCUCCAUGUCCGGAACCUGUCUCUGCAAAGCUAUAGCUGUAACCAUCAGCGACUCGGCGCUAUUCACAACGCGCAGAGGGCACCUGUGCCAUUGCUCUAAUUGUCGGAAAAUUUCGGGCUCGUAUGUCGCUGCUAAUUUCGUGAUUGAGAAAGAGAAAGUCGAGGUUAAGGAUAGAGAGGGGACGCUGAAGAAGUUUGAGGAUUGGGAGACUGGCAGUGGGAAUGUUGUGAUUAGGGGGUUUUGUGGCAGGUGUGGGUGUCCGGUAUUUUCUGAGUCUGCAAUCACACCAGAUAAGAUCAUCCUUAAAAUGGGACUUUUCCCUCGCAUCCCGGCACCGGAAGCGGAGAGCUUUGCCGAACAUCGACAUGAAUGGCAGGGUAAGCAUGACGGGGUUGUGCAGUUUGCGACCGUGAGGGGUGGGAGGAGGCUGGGGGGGUAG